AUGGACCACUUCCAGAACGAGAUCUUUGUCACCACCCUCACCGUUGGCGAUGAGAAGUCUUUUCAGUCCCAUGCCAUGUCUGAGAAUAGGUUGAUUUCAAAGAACCCCGACCUUGUUGAGAAUGACCGCUUCCCCAAGACCUUUGUCACUGAGGUCUACACAAACACAGAGCGAGUUGCGCAGACGGCUCGCAAACGAGGACAUCGAGUGGGAGCCUCAAUGAGCUUGGAAUCAGGAUGGAACUUUCUCCGUCCACUGGAUCGCAAAGCUGCCAGAGCCGUCCUGAAGCGUGAAAGUCCUUUCUUUUUGGUGCUGGCAUUUCCUUGUUCCUUUUGGAGUGUGUUACUCAACCUCAACCCUCCGAAGAAUGGCGCCAAGAUGUAUGAGGAAGCGAUCACCCUCUUGCAGUUCGCCCUCCAAUUGGCCAAGGACCAGAAGAGUCGUGGUUGUCACUUUGUUUUGGAGAACCCUCAAUCCUCUAGAGCAUGGACCCUGGAAGAGAUGCAAAGAGCCUUGGAGCAACUUGAGGCCCGUUGUGUAGUCUUCCACCAAUGCCGAUUCCGCUUGAAGAACCAGGCGGGUACAUCUCCAUUUCCUGAAGCUGUACGAGCUGCCUUUGAACAGAGACGGCAGAGCGUUUCCAGUGCCGCCCCAAGUGCUAGCGGCGAGUCACAAGCUUCCAAGAGGCCUGCUGAACUGGAUGCUGAGCGCUUGCGUGAAGAAGCUCUUCAACCAGACCCUGUUGCUCCAACUCCGGCUCAACCUCCAGAUGAAGUUCCUGAUGAAGCUUCCGAAGCCCUGAGAGUGACUCAUGAAGUGAUGGAAAUGGAAGCCUAUGCCAAUGUACAUCCGCUCCGUCAGAUCCAGAUCAUGGCGGAACAGGAUCGUCUAAAUCCCUUGGAAGCCAGAGUCCGAGACCAUGGGACAUGGCGUGGCAAUUGGCCUCUCCCCUCGAGGACAGAAUUCAAACGACGGCAAAUGCUGAAGCAACUUUGGCCCCUUGGCAAUGAUGAUGCUGCUCAGGAAGUGCUUGCAGUGCUCACUGCUCGUAAGGAGCAUGUAUGGAGUCACAUGUCGGACUUUGAGAAAAAGGAGUUCCGUGAAGCAGCAGCCAAAGGAUGGUCAGUAUGGGUUGAAAAUGAAGCCAUCGAACCUCUUCCAGAUGCCGAAGCCCUCGUGCGCACCACACCUUGCAAUUGCUGGGUGCCGAACUCGGGUUUGGUUCCACCUCCACCGUAUUGUGGAAAGAAGAUUGAGCAAGCUGAAGAUUUUUCAGUGAAAGUUUCCAUGGAAGAGUACCAUAGCAAUCUUCAGCAGGUUAGCCACGAGAUCUCAGAACUGCAAGGGCAGCCUGUUGCAAAGAGGAUUCGUCUCCACAACAUCAGCGCCACCGAUGAGGUUUGGACUUGGCUGAUCAAUGGCUUUGUGCCACUUAUCGCCGGCAGCGACGAAGAGCCUGGCAUCGUGCGGCGAUUGCCCUGUUGUGGAGGAGUUACGUGA